AUGUGGCUGCAAGCCAAGGAAUGCCAACGUCUGCUGGUGCUGGAGGUGGCUGUCUGCCUUCUUGCCGUGUCUAACGAAGUAGAAACAAGCACAACUAAUGGUCAGCCUGACCAACAGCCUGCACCAAAAGCACCAUCGAAGAAGAAAAAAAAAGGCUCUGAAAAGACAGAUGAGUAUCCUUUGGCCAGAUUCAAAGGUGAUGGUGUAAAAUACAAGGCCAAGCUGAUUGGCAUUGAUGAUGUGCCCGAUGCAAGAGGAGAUAAAAUGAGCCAAGAUUCUAUGAUGAAACUAAAGGGAAUGGCGGCAGCUGGUUGGUCUCAAGGACAACACAAACAAAGGAUCUGGGUCAACAUUUCCCUUUCUGGGAUAAAAAUAAUUGAUGAGAACACUGGGGUAAUAGAGCAUGAACACCCAGUAAAUAAAAUUUCUUUUGUUGCCCGUGAUGUGACAGACAACCAGGCGUUUGGUUAUGUGCGUGGAGGAGAAGGCCAGCAUCAGUUUUUUGUCAUAAAAACAGGACAACAGGCUGAGCCAUUAGUUGUUGAUCUUAAAGACCUCUUUCAAGUUAUCUACAAUGUAAAGAAAAAGGAAGAAGAAAAGAAAAAGAUGGAAGAAGCCAACAAGGCACUAGAGAACAGGAGUGAGACCCUACUGACCCUUGAUGACCAAGCUAACAAACUAAAAUUGGAAAACAAAGAUAUCCUGUUAGUGGAUCUAAACUCUGAAAUCGACACCAAGCAGAAUUCUUUAAGAGAAAAUCCAUUCUUAACAAAUGGCAUUACCUCCUGCUCUCUUCCUCGACCAAAGCCUCAGGCAGCUUUCUUGCCUGAAAAUGCCUUUUCUGCCAAUCUCAACUUCUUUCCCACCCCUAAUCCUGAUCCUUUCCAUGAGGAUCCUUUUGCACAGCCAGACCAAUCGACACCCUCUUCGUUUGAUUCUCUCAAAUCUUCAGAUCAGAAGAAAGAGAAUUUGAGUAGUUUGUCUACUCCACUGAGUAACAGGCCCCUGAAUGGGGAUGUUAACUACUUUGGUCAGCAGUUUGACCAAAUCUCUAACCUGACUGGCAAACAGGAAGCUCAGGCAGGCCUGUGGCCCUUUUCAAGUACACAAACACAGCCAGCAGUGAGAACUCAAAAUGGGGUAUCUGAAAGAGAACAGAACGGCUUCCAUGUCAAAUCCUCCCUGAAGCCUUUUGUGGGAAGCCCUCCCAAAGGACUGUCCAUACAGAAUGGCAUAAAGCAGGACUUGGAAAGCUCUGUCCAGUCCUCACCACAUGACCCUAUAGCCAUUAUCCCACUUCCACAAAGUACCAAACCAGGACGAGGCAGAAGGACUGCUAAGUCUCCAGCAAAAGACUUGCUUGCAUCAGACAUCUUUACCCCUCCCAUCUCAGAACUUCCCAGCCAGACAUCACCUACAGGACAAUCUGCAACCCUACAGACCAACCCUCUGGAUCUCUUUAAAAGAAAUGCUUCUACCCCAGUGGGACCCCUUGCAGGUUUAGGUGGUAUACCAGUUAGCAAACCCCCCACCCCCCCCCCGGCAGGACCAUGGAAUCCAACAUCUUUAGUCUUCAAUCAGUCCGUGUCAGUGGUACCAGGAGCCACGAUGAGUGGUCAGCCUUCAGGAUUCAGUCAGCCAGUUGUUUUUACCAAAAGCCCCGCUGUUCCAAGUUGGAAGUAGCCUUUCUUUGCAGCUUUAACUCCCCCUCCAGGCCCUGUUGUUUGGGGCCCAUCAGCCUCUGUGGCACCCAAUACUUGGUCAUCAACAAGCCCUUUGGGGAACCCUUUCCAGAGCAAUAUUUUUCCAACUUCUACUAUGUCUGCCCAGUCCCCUCCUAUGCUCUCCUCUCUCCUGGUCACUCCUCCUCAACCACCUCCCAGAACUGGCCCUCCAAAGGACACCUCUAGUGAUGCCUUCACUGCCUUGGACCCACUUGGGGAUAAAGAAGCCAAAGAAGUGAAAGAAAUGUUUAAGGACUUUCAACUUCGGCAGCCACCUGCUGUGCCUGCAAGGAAGGGAGAGCAGACUUCCUCCGGGACUUCAAGUGCCUUCUCCAGUUAUUUUAAGAGCAAAGUUGGCAAUCCUCAGAAGAAUGCAGACCAUGAUGACUUUGAUGCUAAUCAACUGUUGAAAAAGACCAAUGAACCACCAAAGCCAGUUCCCAGACAGGAUUCCCUGCCAGUUACCAAAUCUGCUGACAAUGCAUUUGAGAACCCUUUCUCUAAAGAUUCUUUCAGUUCAUCGCAAACCUCUAUGGCUUCUCAACCCACAUCUCCUGAUGUAUAUAGAGAUCCUUUUGGAAAUCCUUUUGCCUAACUUCUGACCUUGAUAUGCU